AACUGAGGAAUGUGAUCCAACGAGCACGGGAGUUUUCUGUAAUUUGCCAAUUACUACGUACGCACCCUAGCAGUUUUUCAGUUCUUCGUGCUGCGCCUUCUCAUUUCUGUUAGACAAAUCAACCAAAUCAGAAUCGAAAUCCUCCUCGUCGCCACCACCAGCGCCACCAUCAUCCGCCGCGAGCACUAAUCAAUGACAAAUCCAAUUAGCAAGUCGCUAAUCUUGAUAUUGUUAGCACUCUUUUUGGUGUCGUCGUCGCUCGCUAGCACAGAUGUUCCCUUCAUAGUAGCCAAUAAGAAGGCCACUCUCAACAGGCUCAAAUCCGGCUCCGAACGCGUCUCCGUCUCCAUAGAUAUCUACAAUCAGGGAACUUCGACUGCUUAUGAUGUAAGUCUUGUUGAUGAUCGCUGGCCUCAAGAUAUAUUUGAUGUCAUCAGUGGCAACACUUCACAGUCAUGGGAAAGACUUGAUGCUGGUGGUAUCCUGUCACACUCUUUUGAAUUGGAGGGCAAAGUGAAAGGAAUGUUUUAUGGUUCCCCAGCAGUUAUUACUUUUCGCAUUCCCACUAAGUCGGCUCUACAGGAGGCAUAUUCAACUCCCAUACUGCCUCUAGAUGUCCUUGCCGAGAGACCUCCUGAAAAGAAGUUUGAGUGGGUAAGUUUCUUGCUGAUUUUUUUUUUAGGUAUAUAAAUUUGCCUCUAUGCUUGAGUGCACAGUUUCCCGUUGACUGAACUCCUUUUUUUUUUUUUCCCCUCUUUUCUUUUCUUUUCUUUCUUGUUCUAUGGAAUUGCACUGGCGAAACUUCUGCAGGCGAAGAGGCUAUUGGCAAAAUAUGGAUCUCUAAUUUCUGUCAUUUCCAUUGUGGUUCUGUUUGUUUACCUGGUUGCUACGCCCUCCAAGUCCAGUGCAGCAAAAGCAAGCAAAAAGAAGCGUUAAUCAAUACAGCUGAGUAACUAAUCAAUAGCUUGUCUGCAUUUGAACUACUAGAUGCGCGAGCUUGUCUCAGUAGCUAGUUAAAUGUUCCUUUCCCCUAGAAUUGAGAACAGAUUUUAUUAAAACUUUCAUUUACAUAUUAGUUAAAAGAGCGCAUGCAACAUGAAUCAACUGAUUUUUAUUGCUCACGGUAAGGACCAAUUAAUGUGAUCUUUGGCUUGUGUACAUUUUAAGAUUACUGAACUGUUAUCAGUUUUGGAGUCUGUAUUAGUUUGGCUGUAGACAUUAUGAAAUUCAAUUUUGGAUUAGAUUAUUUUUUA